AUGUACAAGCGCGCGAUCAGCGUGAACGACGUGCUCCAGGAGCGCGAGGCGCGGGGAAUCACCCGCACCUCGUCGGAAUACACUCAUAUCCCUGCCGAUGUGCAGUCCCAGCUGCAGAGCAUGAGCUGGCGCAUCCGCGCAAACGUGAACCGCGGGUACGCGGGCGGCACACCGAAUGGCGUGGCCGGUGCACAGUCCAAGCAGCACUUUAACAGCGCGCAGGACACGAUGCAGGAGGUCAAAUCGAGCUUCCAUCAGUGGGGUCGCACGGCGACCAUGCCGAACGGCGCGCUGCGUGGCGCCAUGGGCCCGCCUCCGUCGCAGGAAGCGAACAUGAUGUCGCGUUGGUCGUCGGAUACCGACACGACCUUUGGCUCGCUCAACGUGAAUGCGUCGCUGAAGCGCGGCAUGGCGGAAGACGACAGCGACGCCAUCCUCGCCAACUGCUUUGACGAGGACGAGGGCUCGCAGUGGGGCACGCCCUUUACGCAGAGCAACAGCGACAGCGAAAACGAGCCGCUGGACGCGCCGAUGAAUGUCGAGCGCGCUGUGCGGCCGCUCCCGGCCCGCAGCGGUUUCCGGCCGACCAAGUCGAUGCCGCCGCUGCGCGAGCUGCCUCUGGACAACGACUCGGGGCAGUCGACACCCUAUACGCACCACCGCUCGGGGUCGGACAGUGACGAGGCGAUGGCGCCGGCCGAGGAGCCGUUCCGCCACGUCGAUUUCACGUCGUACGCAUCGCGCACCGACAACUUUUAA